GAGGACGCAGAGAUGGAGUAUCUUCGUGUUGCUCAGGAUUUGGAAAUGUAUGGCAUUCAGUACUAUCCGAUAUGUAACAACAAAGAAACAGAUCUGACACUGGGUGUGUCGGCACAGGGCAUUGGCAUUUACAAGGAGACCAACCGAAUCACGCCUCGUCCGUUCUUUUCGUGGAGUGAAAUCAAAAAUAUCUCAUUCAAAAACAAAGUUGUGAGUUUCCGCAUCUCAUUUGCUAAAGUGUUUUAUCGAUCUAUCAUUAGGAACUCGAAACUGGCACUAAUUUUAUCAUUUUUGCAGUCUUCUUCGUUCCAGUACCACUAUAAAUAA